AAAGCGCUUCUGCGAAUCCAAACGAAGGGCAGAGCAGAGCAAGGCAGAGCCGCAUCUAUAUAUAGAUUUCUUCAUAUCUAUCAACUCUCUCUCUCUCUCUCUAUUGUCGAAACUCUCUUUGGCUUCGCUCGCUCUGGUUAUUUGGGGAUCGAAAAUGGCGGGCGGUGGCUCUGUGAAGGUUGUGCAGUCAAAAACCGAGCUGGACGGCCUGAUCGGCGGCGGUGGGCCGGCGAUCCUGCACUUCUGGGCCUCGUGGUGCGAAGCUUCCAAGCAGAUGGACCAAGUCUUCUCCAAGCUCUCCACCGAUUUCCCUCACGCCCUCUUCUUACAAGUUGAAGCAGAAGAGCAGCCUGAGAUUUCUGAAGCUUAUUCAAUUUCUGCUGUGCCUUACUUUGUAUUCUUUAAGGAUGGCAAGGCUGUUGAUACUUUGGAGGGUGCAAAUCCAUCUAGUUUGGCCAACAAAGUUGCUAAAGUUGCAGGGUCAAUCACGCCUGGAGAACCUGCGGCUCCUGCCAGUUUAGGAAUGGCUGCAGGACCUACUGUUCUGGAAACAGUCCGGGAAUUUGCUAAAGACAAUGGCUCAUCUCAGGUGGAAACUCAUUUGCCUUCUGGACUUGGUGAUGGAUUGAAAAAGCGACUUCAACAGCUUAUUGAUUCUCAUGCCAUUAUGCUUUUCAUGAAAGGACGUCCUGAAGAGCCAAAGUGUGGUUUUAGCAGAAAAGUUGUUGGUAUAUUGGAGGAAGAAAAGGUGAAAUUUGGAAGCUUCGAUAUCCUGACAGACAGCGAAGUUCGGGAGGGGCUGAAGAAAUUCUCCAACUGGCCAACAUUUCCUCAGCUCUACUGCAAGGGAGAGCUUCUUGGUGGGUGUGAUAUAGUAAUAGCAAUGCACGAGAGUGGUGAACUAAAAGAAGUGCUCAAAGGUCAUGGUAUUGAGAUCAUCCAUGAUUCCAACGGGAAAAAGACCCACGAUGUUGGUGGAAAGGCUGGCAUCACUGAAUCCACUGGCUUGAGUGCAACCCUGACCUCUAGGCUCAAGAAUCUGACCAAUUCAAGCCCAGUUAUGCUAUUUAUGAAGGGAAAUCCAGAAGAGCCCAAAUGCGGGUUUAGCAGGAAGGUAGUUGAAAUUCUGCAACAAGAAAAGGCUGACUUUCAGAGUUUUGACAUCCUUACUGACGACGAAGUUCGACAAGGUCUCAAAGUAUACUCAAAUUGGUCCAGUUAUCCACAACUGUACAUAAGGGGUGAACUCAUUGGGGGAUCAGACAUCGUGUUGGAGAUGCAAAAGAGCGGCGAGCUUAAGAAGGUCUUGGUGGAGAAAGGGAUCCCCUCUCAGAAAGAAACUCUCGAGGACCGACUGAGGAAACUGGUCGGCUCUUCCCAGGUGAUGCUUUUCAUGAAGGGCACCCCAGAUAAUCCCCGAUGUGGUUUCAGCUCCAAGUUGGUCGAUGCUCUGAGAAACGAGGGCGUGAGUUUUGGGUCGUUCGAUAUUCUAACCGACGAAGAGGUGCGGCAGGGGCUAAAGACCUUCUCCAACUGGCCAACCUUUCCACAACUUUUUUAUAAAGGAGAUCUGAUUGGAGGUUGUGAUAUUGUGAUGGAGCUGAGGAACAAUGGUGAACUGAAAUCCACCCUUUCUGAGUAGCCAUGGUGUGGUGAUGUGGGGCAAAGCUUGAGCCCGAUUCAUGUCACAUUGCAUUAGGCAACAUGAAUGCAUAAUUGGGCAUCACUUUCCUGCCCUCCCUAAUGACUUAACAUUUUAAUGGUUGUCAGCAUACAGUCUCUGGCUGCAAACAAUAUAUGUUUACUGUUCAUGGAAACUUGCUUUUUUGUCAAGGUUAUUGCUUGCUGCUGCAUUGUUCCUGGUA